AUGUCUCAGCUCGUGCGGCAAGAGAGUCCUCUCAACACGGAGCCCUACUCCAAAGAGCUGGCAACCUCGUUCGUUACCCCGAACGAUCUCGUCUUCAAUCGCAACCAUGAUUCUGUCAUCAAAGCGGAUGCCCCAGAAUCGAACGACACCAACUGGUCGAUAGGCAUCUCGAUCGAGGACGACGAGCGCUUGAAGGACUUGCACCUAUCAUCGCAGUCUCUGCCGCUGGACUCGCUAAAGAAAGAGCAUGACUUGGUCGAGGUGACUGCGACGCUCGAAUGCGCCGGCAACCGCCGAGCGGAGCUCGCCUCCUCGCAUCAGCCAGCAGAAGGCAUUCAAUGGGGCAACGCGGUGAUCGCCAACGUCGUCUGGGGUGGUGCCUCCCUGCGCUCGGUUCUGCUGCGCGCUGGCGUCCCGGAUCCCUUUUCCCACCACUCGGACCUGACCCAGCUCGAACCCUCGGCCGAAGCCUCCCUUUCCGACUGCGCCGAGUGGGCCCGACCUCUCCACCUGCACCUCUUCUCCGCCCAGGAAAGCACCGAAUCCGACGAUCCCACCCGCAAAGAGUACUUCGCCGCCUCCAUCCCCCUGCCCACCGCGCUGCAUCCGAAUCAGCACUGCCUGCUGGCGUACGAGUACAACGGAACACCGCUCACACAGCGCCACGGUGCCCCACUACGAGCUGUCAUCCCCGGCCAUGUGGGUGCAAGGUGGGUCAAGUGGCUGAAUGGCGUGCGCGUCAGUGCACGAGAGAACGAGUCGCCGCCCAUGAGACAGGAUUACAAGCUGCUCGUGCCAAGCGGCGCGGAGGACGGGGAGAAGGAGUUAAAGGAGAAAGCUAAGGAUGGGUCCGAGUUCAGGAAGGAGGAGCUGAGGAAGGAGAGGCCGCUGCAGAGGUUGGAGGCGAGCUGCUCGAUUACGAUGCCUUGGAAGGACGGGCAGACGAUCGAGGUGGGUGAGAAGGGGAUGGUUGAGGUGAAAGGGUAUGCGGUCGGGCAGGAUGGGUCUCCCGCUACACAGGUCUUCGUCGCUAUCGUGCCAGAGGCAGAGGAAGAAAAGUCGUCCGAGGACGUCCUCGCUUCGCUAGCGGCAGAUCUGGAGUGGAAGCAAGCCGCAAUCCGAACGCAAGACGGACAGUCGGAUCAGCGAAAAGCGGACAGCAAAUGGAGCUGGGCCUGGACGCUAUGGCAAUUGGAUCUGCCCGUCCCACCUUCGGACAAGAAGUGGGCUUUGAUAGCUCGUUGUGUAACGGCAUCCGGCGUCGAACAGGAAAAGAUCUCGCAGUGGAACCUGAGAGGCUUCCACAAUCGCUCUUGGUCGGUCGUUCGCAAUCUCUCUAUCAAGUCGUCGUAG